AUGUACGACUUUAUAAAACGUUGGGUUUUUACAACAAACCAUAAAAGAAUAGGUAUCUUAUACUUAUUUUUUGGAGUAUUUAAUGGUUUUCUUGCAGUUCUUCUUUCUAUGUUAAUGAGAUUAGAACUAACAUUCCCAGGAGAUCAAAUUUUAUUUGGUGAAUAUCAAUUUUAUAAUAUGAUUACUACUGUACACGGAGUAUUAAUGCUUUUCGUCGUGGUAAUGCCUAUCCUUUUUGGUGGGUUCGGUAAUUAUUUUGCACCUAUUCUAAUAGGAGCACCUGAUAUGUCUUUUCCUAGAUUAAAUAAUUUUAGUUUUUGGUUAUUACCGGGUGCUAUUUUAUUGGCUGUUUUGGCUACUUAUUCUGAAGGAGGUCCAGGUACAGGUUGGACAGUAUACCCUCCAUUAUCUUCUCUACAAUCUCACUCAGGUUCAAGUGUAGAUUUAAUGAUAUUUAGCUUUCAUUUAGUAGGUAUCGGUUCAAUAAUAGCAGCUAUAAAUUUUAUAUGUACUAUUUUUUAUUAUAAAAAUGAAGCAAUGUUUAAUAAAGACCUGCCCUUAUUCGUAUGGUCGGUAGCAAUUACUUCGUUUUUAGUAAUAGUAGCAAUACCAGUGUUAGCCGCAGCAAUAACAUUAUUAUUAUUCGAUAGAAAUUUCAAUACUUCUUUCUAUGAUCCAGUAGGAGGAGGAGAUGUGGUUUUAUACCAACAUCUUUUUUGGUUUUUUGGACAUCCAGAAGUUUAUAUAUUAAUCUUACCAGGUUUUGGUUUAGUAAGUCAUAUAAUUGCUACUUUUUCUAAAAAACGUGUAUUUGGCCAUGUACCUAUGAUUGCUGCUAUGUUAAUGAUAGGUUUAAUUGGAUUUAUCGUUUGGGCUCAUCAUAUGUAUACAUCAGGUAUAGAUACUAGUACAAAAGCAUACUUUACAGCGGCUACAAUGGUAAUUGCUAUUCCUACGGGUAUUAAGGUAUUUAAUUGGAUAGCUACUAUGUGGGGAGGUUCUAUUUGGAUGUAUACUCCAAUGUAUUUUGCAGCAGGGUUUAUUGUUUUAUUUACUUUAGGUGGAAUUACAGGUAUUAUUUUAUCUAAUGCAGGUAUAGAUACUUCCAUACACGAUACAUAUUAUGUAGUUGCACACUUUCAUUACGUAUUAUCUAUGGGAGCAGUAUUUGCAAUUUAUGGUGGUUUUUAUUAUUGGUGGGGAAAAAUGACAGGAUUAAGUUAUUCAGAAUCGUUAGGUCAAGCUCAUUUUUGGAUGACAUUCAUAGGUGUAAACUUUACAUUCUUUCCAAUGCAUUUUUUAGGUUCGGCUGGUAUGCCAAGAAGAAUACCCGAUUAUCCUGAUAUGUACCAAUAUAAUAAUACUUUAGCUUCUUUUGGUGCUUUUAUCUCAUUCUUUAGUGUGUUAUUUUUUUUCUAUGUUAUUUAUUGUUCUUUUGUAGAUCAAGUAAAAUCCCCUAGAAAUCCAUGGGUAUUUAUUGAUUAUAACGAUUUAAUUGAUAGAAUGAUUGGAGUUAUUUACUAUGUAGAAAAAUAUGGAGUAUCAGGUAGAAGUGUAAAUAUUAAAAUGAGUAGUGAUUUUAUAGAAAAAUGGAUUAGCUUCAACUAUGUUACAAAUAGAUAUGUAAUUUCAUCCGAAUCUAUUAAAACGACUACUUUAGAAUGGACAUUAACUUCUCCCCCAUAUCUACAUACAUUUGUAGUACCUCCUAAAAUAUUUACAACAGGAAAACAUUAUUUUAGAUAUAGAUGGAAUGCUAUAUGGAAUAAAAAAAGAAAACUUUUACCUUUAUACUUAGGUAAAAAAGAAACAUUCAAUCAUUUCUAUACUACUAUUUAUAUUACAUAUAAUCCAUUAGUAUCUAAUUGGAAAAUAUUUGGAGGUAGUUCUUUUAGUAGUUAA